UGAAAACUACUCAUGUCAUAAAACAAUAGAGUUAAAAAUCAGAAUAAUAUCUAUUAUAAUCAUACACUUUUAGUUGAUUUUAAUCAGUUUUAAUCAAAAAUUUUGACUUUUUCGGUUAUUUUUGGUUGAAAUUGGGUCACAAGUGAUUAACAAUCGACUAAAAGCGUAUGAUUAUAACCGAUUUUAAUCUAAUUUUAACCCUAAUUUUUUUUUAUAUGACUUCUUAUCAAAUAAAAUAAUUUGAGUUGUUUAAAUACCUUUUCGAAAUAUUCAUUAAAAAUCAAGUCUGAUUCAUCUGUAUAACAUAAAUAAAUAAAUGACUUGUCUGAUCAAUGCUCAAUAAUUUUAUUAUUUCUUAUUAUUAUUCCAGAAAUCUUACCGUUAAGAUAAAUAUUUUUCACAUCGAAUAUUAACUAUUCAGAAAGGAAUGCUAUGAACAGAUGAGAUUAUCUAAUUUAGCAUAUCAUAAAGUGGAUACGACAAACAUAAAAGACUUUGUUUGGAGUCAGUCACAAUGCAUUUACAGUGUAAACUGUGUUACAUAAAACUAUUUUAGUUUAUUCGUGAAAGGAAGGUUUACAGAUACUGCAAAUGACGUCUUGCACAAGAUUCACAAUAACUGUAUACGAUAAUCUUAAGCAAUCAGUGGAGGUCCUAAUGAUCAUUUUUCUUGGAAAAUUUUUUCCUUCUAUACGCGAUCAUUCUAGUGACGUUCUGAUAAUAUUGUAUUUCGAUCAAAUUUUGCUAUUUCAAAUAGAACAAAAGUUUUAUAUCUGAAUAAAACAAAACUAAACUAGAAUUCUAUCUCCGUUCGAAAACGACGAGUACCCUAAUUUUGCAUUGCAAUAUGAUGCAUUGAACAUUUUCGAAAAUGUGAUUAUCAUCAAUUAUCUUACUGAAUAAUUUAGUCUACGUAGUUGUAUCUGAUUGAUAUUUUAACUCUUUAGUUCCCCUCGAUCACUGGAACGAACAUUUCUUGUAGUAAACUUUAUAGACUAUCCAUUGGUAAAACGGAUGUUUUUUACCAUCGCUCCAUCUUCGAAAUAUCGGGCCUACAAAGUCGAUAAUUUUGAAAAAAAAAUGAAAAAGUUCGAAUUUUUCGAAACAAUUUGUUCUCUACUUACAGUCAAUAGAAAUCUUUUGGAUUUUCUGUGGUAUAUUAAUCGAUGCAGGAGUCCACUAUUAGGUUAGAUGUAUUUCGAAAGCUUCACGAUUAGUGAGCGACUUACAUACGCUAUGGAAUAUAAGUAAUCAUGGAGCCCCCUAUUAGGUAGCUGGAAGGCAAUCAAGAGGAAAGUUAAUAUAUAUACAUAUUAUAAACUUCAACUCAUGAGUAGUUGAAAUAAUGUUUAGCAUGAAUUAAAUAUCUUCAGAGGUUAUAAUAUAACUUACAACAAAGUAGAUGCUCGUUUAACAAAAUAGCUCAAAAAAAAACAUAUACUUUUUCGACACCACUUUUGGUCGGUUCAUUUCUUCCUUUUUUUUCCAUUACUCCAAUAACAUGAGAUAGAUGUUGCUAUUGUUCAUUCAAUAAUGUACUCAAAGAAAAAAAAAUCAAGGUUUAGUAUAGCAUUCAAUUCUCUUUCUUCAUUACACGAUUACGAGAUCAAUCCAGUGGCUCUAUAUGAUGAGAUGGACAUUUGGGAGAUCAAGGCAUGUAAUUGACAUAUUAGGCAGGCUAGUACGCUAUUUAUAAAGUUAUUUUAUCAGUAGCGCUUCCGGAAUCAUUUUGAGGGGAUAAAGGAUUAAUCGUCGCUAGUAUACAUUCAAAAUUAGACGACAUCUGGAGAACUCUAUUUGAUAACAUAUUUUUAUGUCGGAGGGUAGUUAUGACGACAUAAAGAAAAGGAACUUUUUUUCAUUGUAUGUCUUUAUUGUUAAUGUAGCAUUUAACUAUUCUUAUAUAAUAAAGAGACAGAAAGAAAACGAAAAGACAAAAAGUGAGUAUAAAUGGCGACAUGAUGACUAAUACAGUUAAAAUUAUUGAACCGAGGACAAAUAUAUACUCGUAACAUGACUGGUAUACUCAUAUUGCUCAUACUUUUUGUCGUCAUAUAUGGACUUGGUUAUUUUAUUUAUAAAAGUUAUUUCUAUUUUCCACCGAUUGAAAAAAUCGAUUAAGAAAUAAACGUGUAAUAAUAACUGGAGCAUCACGUGGUAUAGGUGAAGAAUUGGCUUAUGAGUAUGCACGUUAUAAUUGUCGUCUUAUAUUAGCUGCACGUAGUAUUGAUAUAUUAAAAAAUCAAGUUGCUAAAAAAUGUCUUUCAUUAGGUGCAACACAAGUUGAAUGUAUUCAAUUUGAUCCAUCAAGUGAACUUGCAUGUAUUGAACUAAUUAAUAAAACAAUUGAAUAUUAUCAAGGUAUUGAUAUACUUGUACUUAAUCAUACUACAUCAGUUUAUGAACCAUUUUUUAAAUGUGAUAUUAAGACAAAUAUUGAAAAUAUGAAAAAAGUGUUUGAUGUAAAUUUUUUUGGAUACUUUCAAACGACGAUGGCAGCUCUUCCUCAUUUAGCUCAAAAUGGAACAUAUGAACAACCAUCUCACAUAAUUGCAAUGUCAUCAUUAACUGGUACUUGUCCAAUACCUCAAACAACUAUAUAUGGUACAACAAAACAUGCUAUUCAAGGUUUCUUUUUGAAUCUUGCUCGUGAACUUCGUAUUUCUGAAUUAUAUCAAAAUCGUGUUACAGCAACUGUAGCUAUUCUUGGAUUAAUUGCUACUGAAUCUGCACUUAGUACAAUUGACAAAAGUCUUCAUUUUUUAGCGGUUGAUGUACAUAAAACUGCUCAAGCAAUUAUAGCUGCUGGUGUUUAUGGACA